AUGGCCCAGCCCGAGGAGAACGACGGAGAGCAGCGCUACCCCGUUACCAGUUGGACCAAGACAACUGAUGUAAAUUUAUCCAACUCCUUAAACGGUUUGAGCUUCAUGGGAAUUCUGGACACAAGAGUGGGCAGCGGUAUCCAAGGCCUUCGAAGCUUGAACUCCGGGACACCGAGCUCUGUCUCCUUGCCUGAGUAUGGGCCUGGCCAGCUGCCCAGUGCUGUAGAAGAUUGUCAUAGCCUUAAAUCAGUGGAUUCUGGUAUUCCAACUCUGGAAAUAGGAAAUCCUGAGCCUGUUCACUGCAGUGUGUUAAAUGUGAAGAGAAAGCAGUCAGAACCUGAAAUUGUGCCUGACAGGGCUUUUCAGAGUGCAAGCACGCUGCUGUCUUAUGUGCCUCCGCUUCCUCUGACUUCUGAGCAGGACCGUGCCGUGAGAAAAUCCUCUACGUUCCCAAGAACUGGCUAUGACACUGUCAAACUUUAUAGUCCAACUUCAAAAACUCUGAAUCGAAGUGAUGAUAUCUCUGUCUGUAGCGUUUCCAGUCUUAGCACAGAACUGUCAACAACUUUAUCAGUUAGCAAUGAAGACAUUUUGGACUUUGUGGUCACGAGCAGUUCAAGUGCAAUUGUGAAUCUUGAGACUGACGAGGCACACUUCUCAGAUGUCACCCUGAAUUCCACUAAAGAGACCAAUGAUCAGAGCCAACAGGAGUGCUGUCAAGAAACAGAUGUGGACAGUAAACGAAAGAUAUUGGGACCUUUUACAAACUUCUUUUCCAGGAAUUUGUUUACCAGAAAGCAAAGUGCAAGAUUUGAAAAACAAAAUGAUGUGGGAUGGAAGUUGUUUGGAAAAGUACCUCUCAGAGAAAACUCACAGAAAGAUCCAAAGAAAAUACAAAAGGAAUAUGAAGAAAAAACUGGACGAGGCCACCGACCACUGUCUCCUAAACAGAAUGUGAGGAAGAAUCUUGAUUUUGAACCACUCUCCACUACAGCACUUAUUUUAGAGGACAGACCAGCGAACCUCCCUGCAAAACCAGCAGAAGAAGCUCAGAAACACAGACAACAGUACGAAGAAAUGGUGGUUCAAGCAAAAAAAAGAGAGCUUAAAGAAGCCCAGAAGAGAAAGAAACAACUGGAAGAACGCUGUAAACUGGAAGACAGCAUCGGCAAUGCUGUUUUAACUUGGAACAAUGAAAUCUUGCCCAACUGGGAAACUAUGUGCUGUUCCCGAAAAGUCCGAGAGCUUUGGUGGCAGGGCAUUCCUCCCAGUGUGAGAGGCAAAGUCUGGAGCUUGGCAAUUGGCAACGAGUUAAACAUCACCCAUGAGUUGUUUGAUAUUUGCUUGGCUCGUGCCAAAGAGAAGUGGCGAUCGCUUAGCACAGGAGGGGCUGAAGUAGAAUGUGAAGAUGCUGGAUUUUCUGCAGCUGACAGAGAAGCAAGCUUGGAGUUAAUAAAACUGGAUAUCUCAAGAACGUUUCCUAAUCUGUGUAUAUUUCAGCAGGGUGGUCCUUACCAUGACACAUUGCACAGUAUUUUGGGAGCCUAUACUUGUUACAGACCUGAUGUAGGCUAUGUACAGGGCAUGUCAUUUAUAGCAGCAGUAUUGAUCUUGAACUUGGAUACUGCAGAUGCCUUCAUUGCUUUUUCAAAUCUUUUAAAUAAACCCUGUCAGAUGGCAUUUUUCCGUGUGGACCAUGGCCUUAUGUUAACUUACUUUGCUGCAUUUGAGGUGUUCUUUGAAGAAAAUCUGCCAAAGUUAUUUGCCCACUUCAAAAAAAAUAACUUGACUCCAGAUAUCUAUCUCAUUGAUUGGAUAUUCACACUGUACAGCAAAUCUUUGCCAUUAGACUUGGCUUGUCGUGUCUGGGAUGUGUUCUGCCGUGAUGGAGAGGAGUUCUUGUUCCGUACAGCUCUGGGAAUAUUAAAACUGUUUGAAGAUAUUUUGACCAAAAUGGACUUCAUUCAUAUAGCCCAGUUUUUAACAAAGCUACCAGAGGACUUGCCUUCAGAAGAAUUCUUCACAUCUAUUGCUGCCAUUCAGAUGCAAAGUAGAAACAAAAAGUGGGCUCAGAUACUGGCAGCUCUGCAGAAAGAUAACCGGGAAAUGGAAAAAGGAAGCCCUUCACUCAAACGUUAA